UUUCGUGUACUGGCUUUCAUAUUUACUCUCAAACUCUCAAGUAAGUAGUAAGCACUUGCAUAGAAGCAUGUAAUAAUUGAACGCUCUCUGUCUCAUUCUUUAAUUUAGCAGAAAAUAAAGCAGGAAAGAAUGAAUGCCUUCCUCAAAAUGAGAAGUGCAAAAGCAUUCAAAUUCCAAUCCCUCUCCCUCACCUGGAGUCUUAUUCCCUGCACAUUUCUAGCACUGCUUUGUUUAUACUUUUUCCCUCACUCAAAUCCUCUCCUUUCUCCUCCUUCUUCUUAUUCAGCAGGAACGAACAAAGCAGCUGCAUACAAGAAACAAUGUGACUACUUCAAUGGAAAUUGGAUUCCUGACAGGACAGGCCCAUUGUACAAUGGUACAACCUGUGGUACAAUCCAAGAAAGCCAUAACUGCAUCACCAAUGGAAGGCCUGACUCUGACUUUCUUUACUGGAGAUGGAAACCUAGGAGGUGCAAUCUUCCAAGGUUUGAACCCAACACUUUUCUCCAACUCAUUAGGAACAAGCAUGUAGCUUUUGUUGGAGACUCUCUAGCUAGGAACCAAUUAGAGUCCCUUCUUUGCUUGCUAGCCACUACUUCAACACCUAAGAAUCACCCCAGGAAACGUUCUUUGGGUUGGUGGCAUUUUGCUUCUCACAAUGCAACAUUAUCAUCAUAUUGGGCACCAUUUCUUGUGCAAGGUGUUCAAAGACAACUUAAAGGGCCAGGACCACGUCAUAAUACAAUGUAUUUGGAUCAAGUUAAUGAGAGGUGGGCCAAGAACAUGGAUCAAAUGGAUUUAAUUGUUCUUGGAUUUGGCCAUUGGUUUGUGAAAACUCCUUCAAUUUACUAUGAGGCUGGUUCAGUUUUAGGUUGCCAAAACUUUCCUGCUCUUAAUUGUACUGAUAUUGUCUUUUAUGGUCCAUUAAGAAAAGCUUUAAGGACUGCACUCAAUAGCAUAAUUGAGAGGAAAGCAGCGAAAGGAAAUGGAGGUGGUGUCAUUGUGAGAACAUACUCACCUUCUCACUUUAAAGGUACUUGGGAUAAGGGUGGUACUUGUUCAAUGACUAAACCUUAUGAAAAAGAGGAGAAGAAACUUCAAAAAAGGGAUGCUAAGAUUAGAAGGAUUGGAAUAGAAGAAUUGGAAAAUGCUAAGGAAAAAGCCAAACAAUGUGGAGGGUUUAGAUUUGAAGUAUUAGAUGUGACCAAAUUAGCAUUAAUGAGACCAGAUGGCCACCCUGGCCCUUAUAUGAAUCCAUACCCAUUUUCUAAAGGGGUUCCAGAGCGCGUGCCGAGUGAUUGUUCUCAUUGGUGCUUGCCAGGGCCUAUAGACACGUGGAAUGAGAUUUUUCUCGAGAUGAUGAAGUGGGAGGAAAAAGAGUGAAGACUAGUGAGGCCUUCCUCCUCUCAUCAUAUUAAUAAUUUAUUAGUUUUGUUUACUGUGUACUAAAAAAAAUCUGGUUCACACAUUUUUCUGUAAAUUAAUUUUAGCACAUAAGCGUAUUAUAAAUAACAUGUAUUAAAUGCAUUUAUGAACUUCUAACUUCAUUGUAAUUCAUUAAAUUAUCCAUAAAUUUUACCUUGUUAUGCUA